GCACUGAGUAGCUCUCUGUUCACUUCUGCCCUAUUGCUUUCUCUCUAUCUGCAAUGGCGAAGAACAGCCAGGAGAAGAAGCGAAAGCACCCAAAUCAGCAAUCAAAUAUCAAUAUUAACAAGAAGAAGCUCAAAAAGAACAAGAUCGGAAAGUCAGAGACGAUAAACCUCAAGAAUAAAGCUAUCGUUGAUAUUCAAGUUUCCGACUCCUCCUCCUCCGAUGACGAAACAAAUGUAGAUAAGUUCCAGAAGCAUCUCGAAUCUUACACAAAGGAACAACUAAUUGAAUUCGCUGUUGAUGCCGCCGUCAAUGACACCCAUCUCUAUAGCCAGAUCGUAAACGCCGCCGACGUCGACAUUUCCCACCGCAAGAUAUUCGUUCACGGCCUUGCUUGGGACACGACUGACGAAACCCUAAGGUCAGCCUUCUCUCCCUACGGUAAGAUCGAGGAUUGCAGGAUUGUUAAGGACAGGGCCACAGGAAAAGGGAAGGGUUAUGGGUUUGUGUUAUUCAAGUCUAGGAAAGGAGCGACCAAGGCGCUGAAACAGCCGAGCAAAAACAUUGGAAACCGAAUGACAUCCUGCCAACUUGCUUCGACUGGUAAUGACUCUUCUUCUCGGAAGAUAUAUGUUAGUAAUGUUCCUUCCAAUGCUGAGCGGGACAGUCUGAAAGAGUUUUUCAGUAAAUUUGGAGAAAUUGAGACUGGUCCUAUAGGAUUUGAUACCCAGACUGGGAAAUCACGUGGGUUUGCUCUUUUUGUUUACAAGACACUUGAAGGAGCAAAAAAGGCUUUGGAGGAGCCAAACAAAGUGUUUGAAGAUCAUGAGUUGCAUUGCCAGAAGGCUGCAGAAGGAAAGAAUAAGGUUAGUAGUAGUGGUGGAGGAGCUGCCUUAAUUACAACACCCAUGCAUCCUGUUCAACCCCCUGUACUAGCUGCAAUGGUUGCUGCCCAGAAUUUAGCAUUGCUCAAUCAGCAACACCCUGGUUUGAGUCAAUUAUAUAAUGGGUUUAUCACGAAUCCUAAUGCUGCUGCUGCUGCAUUGUUUGCUGGAGGGUCUUUAAAUCCGUUAUCUGCAGCAGCCAGAGGAUUGGGCCAAGGAUCCUUUGGUGCCAAUCGAAUGGGGCCGAUAAGUGGUGCAGUUGGAGGCUCCAACUUAGGAGCUUAUGGUGCAUCAGGAUCGCAGCCAGUUAUUGAUUUGUAUGGCUCUAGUGGUGCUUCUACUCAGGGAUUGCAUUACAAUUACUCCAAUAAUCCAUCAGUUGGACUGAAGCAGCCUUCAGCUAAGGAUCCUAUCUCGGGUGCAUCUUUCAGUGGUUACCGUUCAUACCUCUGAUGCAAUGCUUCCAGGGGUUGGGGAAUAUUGUUUGUUUGGUGCAGUUAUGGUGUAACCUUAUGUACUAUGAAUAACGUUCAGGAAUUGCUGUAGUUGUAGAUUACUUUCAGAAAAAAACUUGUGGUGUUAUAAGUUUCAUGUUGCUCUUUUUCAGACGCUUUCUCUCCUAAAACCUCCUUUCUUGUAUGCAUUUAUCUUUUAUAGUAGUACUAUUUUUAAUAUAUUUGUGAUAUUCUAUUUUCGUUUGA